UAUCCAAACCAUCUUGGUGUGCGUAAUGCAACCAACCAUCUAAACAUAUUUGGUGCGCAAAUGGUUCAGGUUGAUUUGUAAAGAUGAUUGCAAACAAGGUUGGAAUUGUUUCGACGAGGAUAGAUACUUGCCGCAGCUCUCUCUUCUGCAGCAAGAAUUCCUCCGUCUCUCUUCAUCCCACUAACGCUGCUGACAGAGUGUUGAUGGAUAUUCAAAAUUCCGGCAUUAUUGCUUGCCUCCGCGCCAAAAGUGCAGAGUUAGCAGUGGAGGCUGCGCGUGCAGCACUCCGGGGUGGAAUUUCCGUUUUGGAAAUCACAAUGUCAACUCCGGGUGUUUUUGAGGUAAAUGUUGAAUUCAAACUACACCUUGUUUGCAGCUCCAUUACGAAAUCUUGUGUUUUUUUCCCACAGGCGUUGCAGUGCCUGGUUCAAGAAUACCCUUCAACAUCAAUAGGAAUUGGAACCGUUUUAGAUAGACGAGAGGCAAAAGAAGCAGUAGAUCUUGGAGCUAAGUUUCUUAUGAGUCCUGCAAUGGUGAAGGGAAUUCUAAGCGAUGUUGCAGAGGGCCAAGCUCUGUAUAUACCAGGAGCAGCAACCCCUACCGAGGUAUUAUCUGCAUCGACUGAUGGUGCUAAAAUCGUCAAGGUGUAUCCAGUCUCUGUCUUAGGUGGAGUUGAGUAUUUAGCAGCAUUAAAGAAGCCAUUCCCCCAUAUCCCACUGGUUGCAUCACAAGGCAUGACAUUAGAUUCAGUUGGAGCAUAUAUAUGUGAGGGAGCAUCAGCUGUUGUUCUAUCAGAUGCCAUAUUUGACAAAAAGGCAAUAGCCGAAAGAAAUUUUCUUCGAAUACAUCACUUGGCAUGCUCUGCUGCAGCCAGGGGGAAUCAAGCUGUGAGGAAAAUUAAGUGUAUGGAUGAAUGAAAUUGUUAUGGUGCAUUUUUGGAGAUAUAAGGAAGCAACUAUGGUUCUUGAAUUCCAUCUUUGUUCUUGGAAAAUGUUGAAGCAACAUACAAGACUUUCUUGGUUGUGGGCUUGCAACUUCAUAUGUAGAAGAUGACAAUGUUUUGUAGUAGUCCUAGUCUCGUAGUUGUAGACAAUGCCUCGAUGUGUUGCAGUUGGGACUUUCAACUAAUUCAGCAACCACAUGAUGUAAGCAUAUAGGAGGUAGUAAACUUCCUUUUAUUCCUAUCAUGAGUGUAGUUUGAAUCCACAUAACUGCACAAUUUUGUUUUUAUCAUUACACUUGAAUCA